GAAAACUAUAUAAACGCCUCGUAAUACCCGAACGCUAUAGUUGAUAGAGGUUGACUCCCGAAGUACAGGGGCGGUGUUAAAAAACUUUGAGGAACGAAUAAACGUUCAAGUUAAAAUGAUGUCGCUCUAUCAGAUGUUGUGUUUCGUUAUGCCUUUUCUAUAUUCGUGUCAACAAAUAACAGACGGGAAACAGAUCAAAAUGUACAAGAAUUGCGGACCUGACAGCAUAAAAUAUAUUUCCAUGGACCCGUGCGAAAUUGAGCCGUGCGUUUUUACAAAGGGAGAAAACGUUUCUGUUACAAUUGACUUCACAACGAAUUCGACAGUCACAGACGUGCAAGCCAAGGUGUACGGUGAGGUAGCGGGUGUUUUCGUUCCAUUCGCUCUACCCAACCCGGAUGGGUGCCAAGGGUGCGAUCUAACCUGCCCACUCGGUGCUGGCGAACAAUCGUACACUAACACAUUUCCAGUGCUGGCGAUCUACCCAGAGAUCAAAGUGGUCGUCAAGUGGGAGUUAUUGGACCAGGACAGCAAUACCCUCGUCUGCUUCGAGUUCCCGAUGCAAAUCACGGAGAGCGCCGGAAAUAUCUAUUAGAGAACCGUAAAAUAACAACGUCGGCGACCAACUGUUUCCAAACCGUCUCCAAAGCAAGCGACAUUAAAUGCAUGGACGCGGAAAAUGCUUGAUUUUGUCAAGUUUUAUUGAUUGAAUAUCAUGAAUAUUAUGUUGCUCAGAGAUAUGUCAAUAAAUUUUCUUUACGUUA